AUGAACGUAUUCUCGAACGACACAGGCCGAUCAGGAGCGCUCGGAAAGCGGGGUGCGACUGAAGCGGGUCUUGAUGAGGACCCUGCAAAGAUGAAGCGUGACCUUGCUAGGGCUCAAGCAAAGAUUGCUACAUUGGAGCGGGAUCUCUCAACGUCAAACAAGCGGAAUAGGGAGAUGGAGGCGGAAAUGACGGAGCAGCGGGGGAAGGGAGAGGUCGUUCGCGCACAGAGGGACCUAAUCCUCAAGGGAGAGGCGAAUGAGAGAGGAAGAGGAGAGGAGAGAGAAGCCAAGUUUGCAGAGGACACAAAACGCCUGAACGGCCGGCUAUCAGAGUAUCGCACAAAAUACGAGAAGGCCUCAUCCAGUUUGGAAGCGCUCAAAUCUGAGCAUGACCAGACUAUCGGUCGCCUUGCGGCACUCAAGCAGGAACACGUCUCAACGGCCAAGCGGCUCGAGGGGGAGCUGGGGGACGCAAAGAGACAGGUGGACUCGCUCAAGUUAUGGCAGCGGAGGGCCCAGGCUCUGACUAUCGAUCUGGAGGAGCAGAAGAGGAUCGUCGCAACGCUCAGAGGCGGGCGGGAUGGUGAAGGCGGCGAGAAGGAAGGGGACGAGGUGUUGCGGAAGGAGUUCAGGCGUGAGCUCCCCUUCUCGGUUACCGAGGUCACAGAGUUGAGGCAGUACAAGAAGCAGGCGGAAGCGGCCGAGCGGGUGCAGAAGGAGAUUGAGCGGGAUUUGAGGGAACAGAUUUGGACGUUGCAGGAACAGCUGGAGCGUUCUCGGAGGGACAUGGACUCUCUUACCCAGACCUUCCCAUCAUCGCCCGAUGCCGCUCUCCCCGACGCCAAGACCCUCCAAUCACGCCUUUCGUCCCUUUCCGCCCUGCACACACAGGCAACAUCCGACCUCGCCCAGAAAGAUAGCGAGAUACGAACUCUGGACGUCCGCCUCGUGCGGCAAAGCGACGACAGCCGUGCUGUCAUUCAGGAUUUGACCAAGAAGUUGCUGGAAGCGGAGCGGGAAUGUCGAUGGGCGAAAGAGGGGCGCGCAGCGGCCGAGAAGGGAGAGGAGUUUGCGCGCAAGCAGGUAGAGGCCUUGGAGUCUAGCUCGUCAGGGCCUGACGGAGUGUCAUUGGGGGACCAUACUCGGCGCGUGAAUUACCUGGAGAAGCAGGUUAAGCUAUAUAAGGCUGAACUGGAGGCUGUAGCCCGGGACUCGAGGGAGCUGGAGGAUCGUCUGACUCAGGGAGCUGGCCUUGUCAAGCAGACCAUGCUGGAUGAGGCGCAGACCAAGGCCGACACGCUUCAAGCAGACAUCACCGCCCUCCAGUCAACGAUCGCCGAGCUCACCACCGCGAACACCACACUGGACGCCGAAGUGACUGACCUGAUGCGCCGGGUUGCAUCAGGCGAGUACAAUCCCGCCACAGAGCGCUGUAUCGAAUUCGCCAACAAUCCCGCUGCAAAGGAAAAGACCAUCCGGCGGGCUGAGCUGGAUCAGCUUCGAAGCGAGAACGAGGCGUUGAUAGAAGAGAUCCAGGCGUUGGAGGAGGCCAAGGGGCUAAAGGAGGAUGAGGGGUAUGUCCCGCGGGCGAGCUGGGAGAGAUUGCAGCGGGAAAACAGGGAGAUGGAGAUGGGGCAUACGAAGCGGCUUCAGCGCUUGAAAGAGAUCUUCAGUAUGAAGUCCAAGGAGUUCCUUGAAGCCGUCUACUCCCUCCUCGGCUGGCGAAUCAAAUUCGACGAGUCCGGCGCCGAUAUCCGCCUCACUUCCAUGUACGCUCCCAAAGGCAAAAUGGGCUUGACGCUCAAAUUCGCCAGUCAGGAAGGGCACUUUGGGACUAUGCAAAUGACGGGCGCGAUGGCGAGGGGACUGGAGGAGGCGCGGACGUUCUGGAUCGUAGAGAGGCAGAGUGUACCGGGCUUCUUGGCCCAGGUGACGACCGAGUGCUUCGAGAAGACGACGAUCGGGCGGGCGGCGGGGUACGUUGGGUUAGAAUGA